AUGGGCUCCAAUUGCAGCCGCUGCUCUCGCUCGGCGCAGCACGAGGUUCCUGAGCCAUAUGGCGAUGUCGCAGGUCCUGGUAUUUGUCCCAUGAUUUCUACCUAUUUGCGACACCCGGAUCUGACUGGCCAGAAGGUUCUUGCCGGGUUUUUGGGAACAGCAUGGCUCGUUGUCGUCCUCGUUGCCUUGCACUACCUAGUUGCCUUUGAUCCAGAAGAGGAUCCAUUUCUGCCACGGCACAAGGAUUUCAACUGGAAAGCAAACCCGAUUGACGUGCUUGCCAAGGCGUCCAUCAGUAAAAUGCACAAGAUUUUCUCCCGUCUCAAGGUCGUUAGAUUCAUCACGGGCCCCGUCCGCUCCCAGGACGUCGGGAUUGUCGAAACACCAAAUCAACCCCCGCGAUGGAUCCAUGCAUUUGAGAAGUCAAUACUGAGCAUGUGUGACAUUCAGAUCCUUACUGGCCUUGGUAUACUUAUCAGUGGCUAUGCCGACCUUUGUAAUGGCAUCUCUUCAUACCAUUUCCAAUUAAUUGGGCAGCUUGCAUGGUUUUCUAAUGUAACCCAUAUUGCGAGUCUUACAGUACUGCGCAGGUACCUCCACCGUCGUCGAGUCGAGAAGUGGACCAGACUUGUCCUCAUGUUCAUCUUAUCAACCAUGCUCAUCGCAGCUAUGGGCCCAACCCUGUUCUUCAAUUGGGUAAACGAUGAAGAGGGAUCCGCAAGCCUCCCGGGCUCAUUUGCGAGAUGCUUUUAUAACACAAGCCGAUCGAUCAAGUGGCUCGAGGCUGAUAAUUCAAAGUUUGGACUGCCAGGUACCACCGCAUUUCAAUCGGGCAUAAUGUCUAUGCUGCUUUUGAUUUUGAGCUUGGGAAGUCGAACGAUUAAGCUGCAGUAUUCACUCUCUCAUCGGGUCAAAAGUUGGCGAACGGCGUUGAGCAAUGGAUGGCGCCGGCUUCUUGAGAUCGCAUUGGGCAGAUUCAAGGGCAAUGCGCCGAAUGCGCCUGCAAACCUGAUGUUAAAAUUCAUGGUUUACUUCAACAUUGCCAUUCUAGUAACGAUCAGGGUUUACUGGUUACUUGUUUCAGUCAUUUGGGGCACGUUGAAGCUGUCCAUGACGAAAUCUUCAGUCCAUAUAAACGAAGAUAGCUGGACCUUCGGACAGAUUUUGCCUGCCUUUCUUCUCAUUGGGCCAGUUAUUGCAACCGUUAUGGUUUUCCACGAUCCCAAACUCGCCUCUGGUUCCGAUUCCGAAAUCGCCCCUACUGAUUCCAAUUCUUCCCGAGACUCCUGUUCCAACCUCACCUCGAGCCACGACCCCAAUUUUAGUUUCCGUCCGGACUCGGAUCUCGAGGCACAGACAAACGCAACCCAAUCGAGUACUGCCGAAUUAAGCCGGCCCCGAGACUACAACGAAAACAGAGAAUCCAUGGCGUCCGGCCAAGAUCAAUACCAAAUCAAUGAAUCUUCCGCGAGAGGAGAGGUCUAUCUGAACAUUGGAUCGAUUAUCAGCCGAGAUUAUUAUACUGAUGCUGAUUGCCAUUGGAUCUCGCCAGCAAUUACUCUUGCCUGUCUCCAAAUCAUCAUAUGCAGUACUGGUACUGGCUAA